AUGUGGUUUAAUUAUUCCUUCGUUCAUUCGCCCGUUCAUUCAUUCAUAUCUUUGUUCAUUCGUUUCUUCAUUCAUUCAUUUUCUUUCUUUCGUUCGUUUCUUCCUUCGCCCGCUUGUUCGUCACCUCGUUCGUUCGUUCGUUCCUUCGUUUCUUCAUUCAUUCAUUUCUUAUUUCCUUCGUCCGUUUGUUUGAGCGUUCCUUCCUUUCUCGUUUGUUCCUUCCUUUUAUCCCUUCGUUCGUUCAUUCCUUCCUUCCUUUCUCCUCCUUGCCUCCUCCUUCGUUUUUUCCUCCUUCCUUUCUUCGAACGUUUCUUCGUUCGUUUGUUCCUUCAUUCGUUUGCUCCUUCUUUGUUCGUCCGUUUCUUCCUUAUUCGUUCGUUUGUUCGGUUCUUCCUUCCUUCCUUCCUUCCUUCCAUCCUUCCUUCUUUUUUUUUCGUUCGUUCCUUCUUCGUUUGUUCUUCCUUCCCUCCUUUUCAUUCGUUCGUUCGUUCGUUUGUUCGUUCGUUCCUUCUUUGUUCUUCCUUCGUCCUUUCGUUCCCUCGUUCCUUUCUUCUCUCCGGAAUAUGCGCAGUUGUUCGAAAUGCAACAUAA